GUUCACAUGCAAAUAUAAAUACCCUGAAACACACCAUACUAAUUCUUGCCCCCAAAUCAUUCAAAAUUCUUGUAAACCCACAAUGAUCCAAUUCCCACCUCCUCAUGUUCUCUUCACUUUCCUGGUCAUCUUCCUCUUCAUUGCACUCAGAAAAUGGAAGAAGAAACAUAAUAUAAAAAAAGAGACCGUUUUGGAGCUUCCUCCGGGACCGAAGAGGCUACCUUUAAUUGGGAACUUGCACCAAAUGAGUGGCGCACUCCCUCACCAUGCGCUUAGAAACUUAGCCAGGCAACAUGGCCCCAUAAUGAGGCUCCAAUUGGGUGAGAUCCUGACCAUAGUGAUCUCUUCACCAGACGCGGUCAAGGAGAUCCUCAAGACCCACGAGCUGGCCUUCGCCCAGAGGCCUGAGAUCAGUGCCCUCGAAGUCAUGUCAUAUGAGAACUCGAGCUUCGUGUUCUCUCCCUACGGCGAGUACUGGAGGCAGAUGAGGAAGAUAUGUGUGCUCGAACUCCUCAGUGUGAAGAGGGUUAUGUCUUUCCGGUCUAUCAGGGAACAGGAGGCCAUGAAGAUGAUCAAGGCUAUCGGAGACUCCGAUGGGAAGCCUUUCAACUUGAGCAAGUUGAUACUGUCCCUUAUAAACGAUGUGACUUCCCGGGCAGCAUUCGGAGAGAGGUGCAAAUAUCAAGAAGAAUUCAUUUCGUUCUUAAAGGAGGUAACACUGCUCGGUGGAGGUUUUGAAUUACCUGAUCUCUUCCCAUCGAUAAAGCUCCUUCGCUACACGUCCAGGCUGAAGCCUGCAUGGGAGAGGCUGCACCGUAAGAUCGAUGUGAUUCUCAACCACAUUAUUGAAGAACACAAGGCCAAACUUGAAAGUGCCAUUGAUGAUGAGAAUAAACCACCAGCAAGGGAAGAUUUAGUCGAUGUGCUCCUGAAUCUUCAGAAGACCAGCGAACUCAAGUUUUUCAUCACGAUGGACGUCAUAAAAAAUGUUAUCAUGGAAAUCUUCUCAGCCGGAACAGACACAUCCUCCACGACGAUCGAGUGGGCAAUGUCGGAAAUGCUAAGAAACCCAAGGGUGAUGCACAAGGCCCAACAAGAGGUGCGAAACCACCUCAAUGGCAAGCCCCGAGUCGAGGAAUCCGACCUCGAAAGCCUAGAGUACCUCAAGGUAGUAGUCAAGGAAACACUGAGGCUCCAUCCACCGGGCCCACUAAUGGCAAGAGAAGCUAGAGAGAAAUGCAAAGUAAUGGGCUACGAUAUCCCAUCCAAGACCAAGAUCAUCAUCAACACAUGGGCCAUAGGGCGGGACUCGGACGCCUGGUCCAGCCCGGAAGAGUUCCGACCCGAGAGGUUCUUAGAGUCAUCGGUGGACUUUAGAGGGAACAGCUUUGAAUACAUUCCCUUUGGUGGCGGGAGAAGGAUUUGCCCCGGGAUUAACUUCGGGAUUGCUAACAUUGAGGUCCCUUUGGCUCAGUUGCUUUACCAUUUCGAUUGGGAAUUCGGUGAUGGUAAGAGUUCGCCCGAGGAGCUGGACAUGGAGGAGACUUUCGGAAUCACUUCACGGAGGAAGAACCCUCUGGUGAUGAUUGCGAAUACCCGCGUCAAGUUUUCUAAUGACAGGGCGGUCCAUGCCUAGAUACCAGGUCGUAAUAAGCCAAAAACAAGAGGGGAAAUCUGAAUCCUAUAUAUGGUUAUCAUGGCGAUAGAACAACCUGACUGAAGAAAGAAUGAUAUGAUUACAUCAAGUUUGAGAAUGAA